UUGGAGCGCUGCGGCGCCGUCUGGGCAGGGAGCAGAAGUGGUCCUCGCUGAGUUCUGCAAGAUGAACGGCCACGCCUCUCCUCCUCGUGACCUCCAAGUCAUCGGUGGCACCAGGCCGGCUGCUGUCUCUAAGACCGUGAAAGCCGUGCUGGGAGCUGGCACCCCAUCUGUGCCCCAGGCCAGGAGCAUCGCCGGGGUGUGGGUGGAGGCAUCGGGCCGGGCCCAGGGUCUCUAUGCUGCCAUGAAGCAGGGUCUCCUGCCCUCCGGGCUUGGGCUGGCUCUGCUGGAGGCCCAGGCAGCCACAGGGGGCCUGGUGGACCCCACGCAGGGCCAGCUGCUCCCCGUGUCUGAGGCCCUGCAGCAGGGCCUGGUGGGCUUGGAGCUCAAGGAGAAGCUACUGGCUGCCGAGCGUGCGGCCACUGGGUACCCUGAUCCCUAUGGGGGCGAGAAGCUGGCCCUCUUCCAGGCCAUUAGGAAGGAGGUGGUAGACAAGGCGCUGGGGUGGAACUGGCUGGAGGCCCAGCUGGCCACUGGGGGACUGGUGGACCCCAUCCGGGGGGUGCGUGUGGCCCCCGAGCUGGCCUGCCAGCAGGGCCUCCUGGACCAGGAGACGUGGCAUGGGCUGUCGGAGCUGGGGCCUGGCUCAAGCGCCCUGGGCUUCCUGGACCCCAACACACUGGAGCAGCUGCUCUACCGGGAGUUGCUGGGCAGGUGUGUGCAGGCGCCCAGCACAGGGCUGGCCCUACUGCCCCUCAAGGUCACGUUCCAUACCCUGGGUGGGGCUGUGAGCUUGGCUGAGCUGCUGGAGGUGGGGAUCUUGGACGAGGAGACAGCCCAAGGCCUGCGGGAGGGCCGGCUGGCGGUGCCAGAUGUGGGUGCCCGUGCUGAGGUGCAGCGUUACCUGCAGGGCACUGGUGGUGUGGCUGGGGUUGUCCUGCUGCCUGCAGGGCACAAGAAGAGCUUCUUCCAGGCUGUGGCCGAGCACCUGCUUCCCACAGGUGCUGUGCUUCUGCUCCUGGAGGCUCAGGCUGCCACCUGCACGCUGGUGGACCCAGCCACUGGCCGGCAGCUGCGGGUGGAUGAGGCGGUUCGGGCAGGCCUGGUCACCCCUGAGCUCCACAGGCAGCUCCAGGUGGCAGAGAAGGCAGUGACGGGCUACCACGACCCCUUCAGUGGCACCCGCGUUCCCCUUUUCCAGGCCAUGAAGAAGGAGUUGGUGGACCAGCCUCUGGCACUCAGGCUCCUGGAAGCCCAGCUGGCCACGGGCGGGCUAGUGUGUCCUGCCCGCCGGCUCCGGCUGCCCAUGGAGGCUGCCCUGCGCCUCGGCUGCCUGGAUGAAGAGACUCAGCAGCACCUCUUGAGGGCUGCUGGCUUCUUGGAUCCCAGCACGCAUGAGAGCCUCAGCUAUGGGCAGCUGCUGGCCCGCUGCGUCACUGACCUGGAGACGGGACUGGCGUUCCUGCCCAUCUCAGCGGGGAGCCCUGGGGAGGAGUCCCAGGGGCCCCUGUUCAUUGAGCACAGCACCCGGCAGGUCUUGAGUGCUGUCACGGCCACCGUCUCUGUAGGCAGGUUCCAGGGCCGGCCCACGUCGCUCUGGGAGCUGCUCUUCUCCGAGGUGGUACCUGUGGAGCAGAGGGUGACGCUGACCCAGCAGCACAAGCACGGGGCCCUCUCAGUGGAGGAGCUGGCGGCUGCGCUGAGGGCCACCCAUGAGCAGGCUGCAGCCACUGCCAGAACCACCUUUGCUGGGCUCAGGGUCCCCGUGACUCCGGGAGAGCUGCUGAGAGCGGAGAUCAUUGGCCAGGAUGUUUAUGAGCAGCUGGAACAUGGCCAGACCACGGCCCAGGACGUGGCCAGCCUGGACUCAGUGCAGAGGUACUUGCAAGGCACUGGCUGCAUUGCUGGCUUGCUGCUGCCUGGGUCCCAGGAGCCCCUCAGCAUCCACGAGGCUUACAGGAAGGGGCUUCUCAGGCCGGGCACGGCACUCAUCCUCCUAGAGGCACAGGCAGCCACUGGCUUCAUCGUUGAUCCCAAAGAAAACAGGAGAUACUCGGUGGAGGAGGCGCUGAGGGCUGGUGUCAUCGGGCCUGAGAUGUUUGCCAAGCUGCUGUCGGCCGAGCGCGCGGUCACCGGCUACACCGACCCCUACACCGGGCAGCAGAUCUCCCUCUUCCAGGCCAUGAAGAAGGACCUCAUCGUGCGCGAGCACGGCAUCCGCCUGCUGGAGGCCCAGAUCGCCACGGGCGGCGUCAUCGACCCCGUGCACAGCCACCGCGUGCCCGUGGACGUGGCCUACCAGCGCGGCUACUUCGACGAGGAGAUGAACCGCAUCCUGCAGGACCCCAGCGACGACACCAAGGGCUUCUUCGACCCCAACACGCACGAGAACCUCACGUACAUGCAGCUGCUGGAGCGCUGCGUGCAUGACCCCAACACGGGGCUCUAUCUGUUGCCACUUAAAAGCGCACAGACCCUGCUGGCAGAUGAGGCCACCCGGCAGGCCUUCCAGAGCCUGCUGCUGUUGGUGCAGCACGGGCGGUUCCGGGGACGGAGGGUGUCCGCUUGGGAGUUGGUCAACUCGGAGUACAUCAGCGAGGCACGCCGGCGGUGGCUGCUGCAGAGCUUCCGACGGCACCAGGUGUCCCUGGAGGAGGUCUCGAAGCUGCUGGAGAGGGAGGUGGAGAGCCAGGCAGAUGUCGCCCUCCCCACACUGCGGGGCCGGGUGACUGCCUGCCAGCUCCGGGAGGCUGGUGUCAUCGACCAGGAGGUCCUGGGCCGCGUGCUGGCGGGGACGCUCAGCCCUGAGGCCCUGCUCUGCACAGAGAGCAUCAGCAAGUUCCUGUGCGGCUCAGGUGCUGUGGGUGGCGUGCUCCUGCAGCCCUCUACCCGGCGGCUCGGCCUCUACCAGGCCAUGAAGCAGAAGCUGCUGGGGCCAGGAGUGGCCCUGGCCCUGCUGGAGGCCCAGGCAGCCACGGGGGGCGUGACCGACCCCCACGGUCCGGAGCCCAUGUCCUCGGAUGAGGCUGUGCGCCGGGGGCUUGUGGGGCCGGAGCUCUACAGCAGGCUGGCCUGGGCUGAGUGCGCUGUCACUGGCUUCCCGGACCCCUUCUCUGGAAAGCUGCUGUCCCUAUUCCAGGCCAUGAAGAAGGGCCUUGUCCCUGCGGAGCAGGCCAUCCGCCUCCUGGAGGCCCAGGUGGCCACGGGCGGGGUCAUUGACCCCACCAGCCACCACCACCUCCCCAUGCUCGUGGCCUUGCAGCGUGGCUACAUUGACCAGGAGGUGAUGUUGGCCUUGUCCGACUCCAAGACCUUCCCCACGCAUGACGGCAGGGGACACACCAGCUAUGCCCAGCUUCUGGAGCAGUGUGUAAGGGACGAGGCCUCUGGCCUUCACUUUUUGCCCCUGCCGGAAAGUGCCCCUAUGGUUCCCACGGAUGAGCAGGUGCGGAAGACCCUGAAGGCCAUGCCUGGGGCUGAAGACGGCACGUCCCUCUGGGAGCUGCUGGAGUCCUGCCACUUCACUGAGGAGCAGCGGAGGGGCUUCCUGGAGGACUUUAGGGAGGGGAGGACCACGACACAGCAGCUGCAGGCGGCCGUGCAGAGGCAGGUGCAGGAGGCAGAGCUCCUGGCGAGGGCCCAUGUCACGCUGCCUGGCCCCCGUGGCGGGGUGCCUGCCGUCUGGCUGCUGGACGCCGGCAUCAUCACUCGGGAGACCCUGGAGGCACUGGCACAGGGCAUGCAGUCACCUGCUGAGGUCGCUGAGCAGCCGACGGUGCGGGCCUGCCUCUGGGGCACGGGCUGUGUGGCUGGGGUGCUGCUGCAGCCCUCAGGGGCCAAGGUGAGCAUCUCCCAGGCUGUGAGGGAUGGCCUCCUGCCCGCCGGCCUGGGGCAGAGACUACUGGAGGCCCAGGUGGUGUCUGGCUCUCUUGUGGAUCCUUUGACCAACCAGAGACUAUCGGUGGAGGAGGCGGUCAAGGCUGGCCUGGUGGCUGGGGCAUUGAGUGAGCAGCUCCAGCAGGUUGAGAAGGCAGUGACUGGGUACAUGGACCCCUGCUCGGGAGGCUCCCUCUCACUGUGGCAGGCAGUGGAGAAAGGGCUCGUGCCUCGGAGCGAGGGCCUCCCACUCCUGCAGGCGCAGCUGGCCACAGGGGGUGUGGUGGACCCCGUCCACGGGGUGCACCUGCCCCAGGUGGCAGCCUGCAGGCUCGGCCUCCUGGAUGAGCAGACAAGCAGUAUGCUGACCUCAACGGAUGAGGACAGCAAGUUCUUCUUCGACCCAGGCACACGGGACAAGGUGACCUACGGACAGCUCAAGGAGCACUGUGUCCUAGAUGCCGACACUGGCUUGUGGCUGCUGCCACUCCCCCAGGACAUGGCGCUAGAGGUAGAUGACCACACAGCAGUGGCCCUGAGGGCCAUGAAGGUGCCGGUUGGGGCAGGGAGGUUCAGAGGGCUCAGCAUCUCACUCUGGGACCUGCUGCAUUCAGAGUAUGUAGGGCUCCAAAAGCGGCGGGAGCUGGCAGCACUCUGCCAGUCUGGGAGGGCCACAGCCCUGCGGCAGGUGGUCACUGCAGUCACCACCCUAGUUGAGGCCUCAGAGAGGCAGCCCUCACAGGCCACCUUCAGGGGUCUCCGGAAGCAGCUGUCGGCCAACGACCUGUUCAGGUCCCAGCUGAUCGACAAGAAGACGCUAGAUGAGCUGAGUCAAGGGAAGAGGACCGUGCAGGAGGUGGCAGAGAUGGACCACGUGCGGCGGUACUUGGAAGGGGGCAGCUUCAUUGCCGGGGUCCUCAUCCAGGACACCAAGGAGAAGAUGAGCAUCUCAGAGGCUCUGAGAAGAAACGUCCUGCGGCCAGGCACGGCUCUGGUGCUGCUGGAGGCACAGGCGGCCACUGGCUUCCUCAUUGACCCUGUGGAGAACUGCAAGCUGACUGUGCAGGAGGCAUUCGCAGCCGGGAUGUUUGGCAGGGAAACCUACCAGAAGCUGUUGUCGGCCGAGCGUGCUGUCACGGGCUACACCGACCCCUACACCGGGCAGCAGAUCUCCCUCUUCCAGGCCAUGAAGAAGGACCUCAUCGUGCGCGAGCAUGGCAUCCGCCUGCUAGAGGCCCAGAUUGCCACGGGCGGCAUCAUCGACCCUGUGCACAGCCACCGCGUGCCCGUGGACGUGGCCUACCAGCGCGGCUACUUCGACGAGGAGAUGAACCGCGUGCUGGAGGACCCCAGCGACGACACCAAGGGCUUCUUCGACCCCAACACGCACGAGAACCUCACAUACAUGCAGCUGCUGGAGCGCUGUGUGAAGGACCCUGAGACAGGGCUCUACAUGCUGCAAAUCGUAAAGAAAGGAGAAACCUAUGUGUACAUUGAUGAAGCCACAAGGCAAGCCCUGCAGUCAAAAACUACUGAAAUGCUCGUGGGCAUGUUUGCCCAGCAGGUGGUCUCCUUCUGGGACCUGCUGUCCUCACCGUACUUCACAGAGGAAAGGAAGAAAGAGCUUGUCCAGGGGUACAAAGCUGGGAACGUCAGCUUAGAGCAGCUGCUGAAGGUCAUCACCACGACGGUCGAAGAAACAGAACAGCAAAACAAGGGCAUCAGGCUGGCAGCCAUUGGAGGAGAGGUGACGGCUGCAGAGCUGUUUAAUUCAGGGAUCAUCGAUAAGAAGACCCUGGACGCGCUGCACAAUGAGGGAGCGGAGGGAAAGGAUCUCGGCUGCCUGCCGCACGUGAAGGUCUACCUGGAAGGCAGCGGCUGCAUCGCAGGGCUGACCACGCCCUCCACCCACGAGGUGCUGAGCUUCUAUGAGGCCAGCAGGAAAGGGCGUAUCCCCGCGGGAUUUGCAGCCCACCUGCUGGAGGCUCAGGCAGCCACGGGAUUCCUGCUGGACCCCCACAGCCACCAGAGGCUCUCCGUGGAUGACGCUGUGGCCGCCGGCCUGGUGGGUGUGGAACUGCAGGAGAGGCUCCUAAAUGCUGAGAAAGCCGCCAUGGGAUACACAGACCCAGGCACAGGACACACCUUGUCCUUGUUCCAGGCAAUGCAGAGGAAGCUGGUGAAACGGGAGUUGGCACUCAGACUGCUUGAGGUGCAGGUGGCCACGGGGGGCGUCAUGGACCCGCAGCACCACCACCGGCUUCCACUGGACACUGCCUACAAACGCGGCUGUCUGGACCAGGACACGUACCCACUGGUGGCAGAGCAGAAGUGUAUGAAUAAACGGUUUGUGGAUCCCAACACUCAGGAGAAGGUGACAUACCAGGAACUGCAGGAGAGGAGCCACCGAGAUGAGAAGACCGGCUGGGCUCUGUUCCCAGUGCUCAAGGAUGAACAGGAAUCCCAGUUUAUCGAUGAGACCACUAGACGAGCGCUUGAGGCUGAACGGGUGGAAGUCAUAGUGGGGCGGUUUAAAGGCCAGAGGCCAUCAGUCUGGGAAUUGCUGAAUUCUGAAUACGUGACAGAGGAAAAAAAACUAGAGUUAGUACGAAAAUACAAGCAGGACACAGCACAUGCAUUAGAAAAGGUGGUAAAGGUGAUCUUUGAGAUAAUCAGUGAGAAAGAAAAGAACAAUAAGCCGCUAUGGUUCAGAGGAAUCAGGAAACAGAUCACGGCUUCUGAGCUGCUGACUUCAUCCAUCAUAAGCAGGGAGACGCUGCAAGCCUUGGAGGCCGGGCAGGCCUCUGUGGAUGCUGUCACAAAGAACGAGGUGGUGAGGCGCUACCUGGAGGGCACCGGGUGCAUCGCGGGCGUGCUGGUCCCCGCCAAGGACGAGCCCGGGCGCCAGGAGAAGAUGAGCAUCUACCAGGCCAUGUGGAAGGGCGUCCUGCGGCCGGGCACGGCCCUGGUGCUGCUGGAGGCGCAGGCGGCCACGGGCUUCGUCAUCGACCCCGUGCGCAACCAGAAGCUGUCCGUGGAGGAGGCGGUGGCCGCGGGCGUGGUGGGCGGCGAGCUCCAGGAGAAGCUGCUGUCGGCCGAGCGCGCGGUCACCGGCUACACCGACCCCUACACCGGGCAGCAGAUCUCCCUCUUCCAGGCCAUGAAGAAGGACCUCAUCGUGCGCGAGCACGGCAUCCGCCUGCUGGAGGCCCAGAUCGCCACGGGCGGCGUCAUCGACCCCGUGCACAGCCACCGCGUGCCCGUGGACGUGGCCUACCAGCGCGGCUACUUCGACGAGGAGAUGAACCGCGUGCUGGAGGACCCCAGCGACGACACCAAGGGCUUCUUCGACCCCAACACGCACGAGAACCUCACGUACAUGCAGCUGCUCCAGAGGGCUACUCCGGAUCCUGAAACAGGGCUCUUAUUUCUUUCUCUCACUGGAAAAUGAUCGUUCAUUCGUGUUGAAUAAAAUUUUGUCUUCUGUUAAGAAUACAUAAGAAUGUUUUUGAAAAUUUUUUCUUGAUAUAUCUGUUUAGUUUAUUUUACUUCCAUGUUAAUUACCUUCAUGUCUUUUCCCUAGUUUUUAUUGUAAUUGCUUAUUUUUGUCUGUUUCCAUUAAAGUUAUGACCUUAAU